CUCCUACUCCUACGACCCGGCGGCUUCAGCUUCCCUCGUCUCCCCUCUGCUCCUCAGAUGGCGGCUGUCUCGUUCCGCCCCACGCCAAUCUGCAGCGGAAACUCUUCCUCGGCCUCGAAGCUCAACAAUGGCUUCUCGAAGCCUCUCGCCUUCCCGACGAAGCUCUCGCCGGCCGCGUCGGCCGCCGGGUCUCGCCACUCGCACAAGGCGCUGGUGGUGGCAUCCGCCGGGAGCUUCGACAAACCAAUCGCCGCCGACAACAGCCCAUUAGCGGUCUCCAACCCUUCUCCCGUCACUCGACCUAAUAAUACCAGGGUCAGGAGGCAUACUAUUUCCGUGUUUGUUGGUGAUGAAAGUGGAAUGAUAAAUCGGAUUGCCGGAGUCUUUGCAAGGCGGGGAUACAAUAUUGAGUCCCUCGCUGUCGGUCUGAACAAGGACCGGGCCCUCUUCACCAUAGUUGUUUCAGGAACCGAAAGGGUCUUGCAGCAAGUUAUGGAGCAGCUUCAGAAGCUCGUGAACGUGGUGAAGGUUGAAGAUAUAUCUAACGAACCCCAGGUUGAGCGUGAAUUAAUGCUCAUAAAAGUCAGCGCCGAACCUGAACAUCGUGCUGAGAUUAUGUGGUUGGUGGACAUCUUUAGAGCAAAAAUUGUGGAUAUUUCCGAGCACUCCUUAACAAUUGAGGUAACUGGAGAUCCAGGAAAGAUGGUGGCAGUGCAAAGAAACUUAAGCAAGUUUGGCAUCAGGGAAAUAGCAAGAACUGGAAAGAUUGCUCUUAGAAGGGAAAAAUUGGGCGCAUCUGCUCCAUUUUGGCGAUUUUCAGCCGCUUCCUAUCCGGAUUUGGAAGGAACCAUGCCCGUUAAUUCUGUAAUGGCGGGUGCUAGAGAUAGAACAGUUCCUGGUGAAACUGAUGCAUAUGUUGGGGGAGAUGUUUACCCAGUGGAGCCAACUGACGGUUUCAGUGUCAAUCAAGUGCUUGAUGCUCAUUGGGGCGAUCUCAAUGAUGAAGAUAUGAGUGGACUUCGGUCACACACUCUAUCAAUGCUCGUUACUGACUCUCCUGGAGUUCUCAAUAUCGUUACGGGUGUCUUUUCAAGAAGGGGGUAUAACAUUCAGAGUUUAGCUGUGGGACACGCAGAAGUGGAAGGACUCUCUCGCAUUACAACCGUGGUUCCUGGUACUGAUGAAUCAAUCAGCAAGUUGGUACAGCAACUUUAUAAGCUGGUAGAUCUCCAUGAGGUUAAGGAUAUAACUCACGCACCAUUUGCUGAACGUGAGUUGAUGCUGAUAAAGAUUGCUGUAAAUGCUGCUGCUCGGAGAGAUGUCCUUGAUAUUGCCAGCAUUUUCAGGGGAAAGGCCGUUGAUGUUUCUGACCACACAAUUACUCUUGAGCUCACAGGAGAUCUGGAUAAGAUGGUUGCGCUGCAGAGGUUGUUGGAACCGUAUGGCAUUUGUGAGGUGGCACGAACUGGGAGAAUAGCAUUAGUACGCGAGUCGGGCAUUGAUUCUAAGCACCUGCGUGGAUAUGCUUUUCCUCUGUGAGUUGUGAGGCUUCUCGUGCUAAUGGGAAGUUCGAUGCGGUCAAUGUUUCUUUGCCAAUUGCCAGGGAUCCUAGAGUAGUCCCGUUAAAUGGGUGAGGAAGAAAUAACUUAUGAUGAGCAAUGUAGAGCUUCACGUGUUAUUCCUGCGUGCUGCACGUGUGGAUGUAGUUUUGUAAUUUUUAGUGA